CUCUCUCAACAUGGUGGUAUCCUUGUCUUUGCAUGCGUCUUCUUCUAUUAGGAAAUCGAAAACAAAAGCAAGCUUAUGUCUCGAUUCUUUACCAGAAGAUCUUCUCGUGGAGAUUUCUUCAUGUACCGGAGCUUCUUCCUUGUCAGCGGUUCGUAAUCUCAGACUAGUUUCGAAAUCGUUUCGACGUAUCUGUGAUGAAAAGUAUGUUUUCUACCGACUAUCCCUCAAAGAAAUCGAAUUUCUCCCAUGGCAUGAGAACAGUGCAAAAUUCAUCGAGAGAUGUACCGAGAGUAGAAACCCCGAAGCGUUGUUUCAGAAAGGAUUCAUUAACUAUUUUCGAGAUAAACUUCAAGACCGAGGACUCGAAUAUUUAGCUGAAGCUGCGGAAAAAGGUAUCAAAGAAGCAAAAUAUGUCUACGGGGUGAUUCUAAUCUGUCUUGGAGGCAAAACAAAACAAAAGGGUUUCGAGAUCUUGUCUUCUGUUAUAAAGCAGUUGAUGUCAACUACAAUGAAUGAGUUGGUGGAAUUUCGAUACAAGAUUCAAAAGAUUAGAUACGGUUUUUGGUGGUCUGACAACACGGUGGUGGAACAACUCAAAACAGCCUACGUUAGUGAGAAGUGCAAGUGCGAUUGUAAAACCAGGAUGUUAUUAUUAGUAAUGAAUCGUGGUUGGUAUUUAUUCGGUGAUGAAACCGACUUGGAUUUUUCUUCUGCUUGUGAGUUAUAUCUGUACAUAAACCGAAAUUUUCCUUUUGAGGCCAAAAAAUCUAAAAUUGAUGGGGAGAUAUACUGGGCCUGUGAAUUUGAACCGAACCGAUUUGUCCGAACCGAACCGAACCGAGGUUUGGACAAAUCGGUUCGGUUAAGGUUAAUUGAGUAUAACCGAUCGGUAAGUGUUUAA